CUCUGCGCUCGCACUCCGGCCCGGCCGCCCCACCGCGCGCUCGCCUCCCCGCUCCCGCCGCAGCCCCAGGGCCCCCCGCCGCCGCCACCAUGGACGCCAUCAAGAAGAAGAUGCAAAUGCUCAAGCUCGACAAGGAGAACGCCUUGGACCGAGCGGAGCAGGCGGAGGCCGAUAAGAAGGCGGCGGAGGACAGGAGCAAGCAGCUGGAGGAGGACAUAGCGGCCAAGGAGAAGCUGCUGCGGGUGUCGGAGGACGAGCGGGACCGGGUGCUGGAGGAGCUGCACAAGGCAGAGGACAGCCUCCUGGCCGCCGAUGAGGCCGCCGCCAAGGCUGAAGCCGAUGUAGCUUCUCUGAACAGACGCAUCCAGCUGGUUGAGGAAGAGUUGGAUCGCGCCCAGGAGCGUCUGGCAACAGCUCUGCAGAAGCUGGAGGAGGCCGAGAAGGCAGCAGAUGAGAGUGAGAGAGGCAUGAAAGUCAUUGAAAGCCGAGCCCAAAAGGAUGAGGAGAAAAUGGAAAUUCAGGAGAUCCAACUGAAAGAGGCCAAGCACAUCGCUGAGGAUGCCGACCGCAAGUAUGAAGAGGUGGCCCGUAAGCUGGUCAUCAUUGAGAGUGACCUGGAGCGUGCAGAGGAGCGGGCUGAGCUCUCAGAAGGCCAAGUUCGACAGCUGGAAGAACAAUUAAGAAUAAUGGAUCAGACCUUGAAAGCAUUAAUGGCUGCAGAGGAUAAGUACUCGCAGAAGGAAGACAAGUACGAGGAGGAGAUCAAGGUCCUCUCUGACAAGCUGAAGGAGGCUGAGACGCGGGCCGAGUUUGCGGAGAGGUCAGUAACUAAAUUGGAGAAAAGCAUUGAUGACUUAGAAGAUCAACUCUACCAGCAACUUGAGCAAAACCGUCGCCUAACUAACCAACUAAAGCUGGCCCUGAAUGAGGAUUAAACUUAAGUGGGAAAGAACCUGGGCUGAAUUCUAGGAAUGCAGCCCAUGGGCAGGAAACCUAAGACUGUCAAACCUUCCACAAUAGGGUUGAAAAUGAUUGCUUUCUGCAGAAUUGAACAUGAAUCAGUUGAAAGGCUGGCCUUGCCUGCAUUUUCCUCUGAUAUCUGGAAUAAUGAAGUUCUCUUUAAUCCCCAAACCACUUUUAUGGUAAAAUUACAUCUGUGUCUGUGGAUCAACGUUUGUAAUCAGUUCAGCACUCGUCUUUGCAGUAGCAGGUCCUCUUGUUUGAACUGACACAUGAUGAGGACCAAAAAAAUGUUUUCUAUUUCCUACAGAGAACUGAGUCCUGCUUUAAGUUAGAAAGCCAGAGCAGAGGGGUGUGUAUGUGUAUAAGUAUAUAUAUAUAUUAUAUAUAGGAUGUGAUAUAUAUAAUAUAUAUUCCUAUUACAUAUUCAUAUUUCUAAGUUCUAAGUAUCUGGUAUAGUGUUUGAAAUAUGAUUAAAUGUACCUAUGCUUGGGCAGAAUAGCUUUUGAAAACAGGAGCUCAUGUCAGAAGUCCCUGAUUGUCUGAAAGGUAUGCUUUUAUUCAGUUUAAGAGUGGUGUUGGAAUCUGGUGAGAAUGUCAUGCUGGUAAUACAUAGAACACUGUGAGAAUAAUAAGAGAAUGUCCUACCAGAGUGUGCAUGAAACGUGUUGGUGAUUUCUUUUUAAUGAGCAACAGAAAUAAAUCAGAAAGCCUAUUUACGUCAUGAUGGUUUUCUGUGAGAUUGUGUUACCACGCAGCUCUCAGACCUUAACUGCCUGUAGCUCAGAAACGUCUGCUGUUAACUUCAGUGCUGCGAGCACCCCUCCCUGUUCCCACGGCGCAGGACUCGUGAACCUUCACCAACCCCGCCAGCAUUUUGUGCUCCGUGGAUUGUUGGUGGAGGUUGACUUGGCCACUCUGAGAACCUGCUGUGCCUGUAGUUCCUUCGGGUCCAAGACAGUGUCCCCUUCGUAGGUCCUUGUCUGGAAAUGAAUCAUGUCUUAGGAGCAUGCCUGGUCCUAAUCAUCUCAUCCUGUGUUUGUGAUUGAUGUUUGCCUGCCUAAAUGUACAAACCACCACUGUGUCCAAAGCGCAGCUAUUCAUGACUUAAUUUUCUAAUCCCA